AUGCCUGACAUCACAUCGCUCCCGAUAGGGGAGGUGGCAGAUGAGGCUAUUCCCAGCCACCCGUUGGGUGUCAAGCCUAGCGGAAAUGCACUUCUAGCUACACAGAACUUGCGUGGCGCUAUUGGUUCUUUCCGGUCCAUACCCGAUGAACUAAUCUUGCUGCUGCUGGAAUCCUUAGAUGGACCCAGCUUACUGCGCAUUGGCCGGACAUGUAAAGCCUUGUAUGCAUUUACACGUGCCGAAGAGUUGUGGAAGGCCCUGUUUAUUGAGUCACACCCAGCGGCAUUCACAUGGCGAGGCACAUGGCGCUCAACAUAUCUCAAUUUACCAGCAUCCAAAGUACCUGUGGUAGACUGCUCGCAUCUAUACUCCGAUGCUCUAUACCGUCCCUUUAAUUGUGCACACAUUAAGUUGGAUCCAUAUGUCACCAAGAUUCCAGCACGAAACCAAAUCCCACGACUCUCAGACCUCUCGCCCGAGAAAUUCCAUGAGAAAUGGGCAGACCGGCCAUUCCUCCUGACCGAACCCAUCAAAAAUUGGCCAGUAUAUAAGGAUUGGUCGGUCGGCACUCUGCUAUCUCGGUAUGGUCAGCGCACAUUCCGCGCUGAAGCAGUUGACUGGCCUUUGCGUACCUAUGGGGACUACAUGGCCGACAACGCGGACGAGAGCCCGUUGUACCUCUUCGAUCGAUCCUUUGUUUCUACCAUGGGCCUCUCUGUCGGUCAACCAGACACAACCCCCGAUGCAGCAUACUGGCCACCGGCUUGCUUUGCUGAAGACUUCUUCUCCGUGCUAGGCAAUGACCGGCCCGAUCAUCAGUGGCUGAUCGUUGGACCCGAGCGUUCCGGCAGCAAGUUUCACAAAGAUCCCAACGCCACCAGCGCGUGGAAUGCAGUACUACGUGGGCCCAAGUACUGGAUCAUGUUUCCCUCGGGUGAUAAGAACCCACCACCGCCAGGAGUGUUUGUGUCUGAAGAUUUCAGCGAAGUCACUUCUCCCCUCAGCAUUGCCGAAUGGCUGCUCGAGUUCCAUGCUGAGGCACGACGCACCCCUGGAUGCAUGGAGGGGAUCUGCGGAGAGGGAGAGAUUCUUCAUGUGCCGUCGGGCUGGUGGCAUCUGGUGAUCAAUUUGGAACCGUCGAUUGCCAUAACUCAGAACUUUGUUCCUCGAGCUCAUCUCGGUGCGGCGCUGGACUUCCUGUCCAACAAGGCUGAUCAGGUGUCCGGGUUCAGAAAAAAUGUCGAAAAUCCUUAUCAGAGGUUUCUGACUGGAAUGGAGGCUGCAUACCCAAGCAUCCUGAAGAAAGCUCAGGAGGAACUCCAAAGGAAGGCAGAAGGGAAGAAGCGCAAAUGGGAUGAUAUCGUCCGUGGAAAGGCGGAGGGCUCCGAAGACCCGAAUGGCGGUGGCUUUAGCUUUGGAUUUGGAGACGACAGCGAUGUUGAAGUGCCAUGA